CGAGGCCGGCAGGCAGGCCGGCCGGCCGGCCGGCUGGCGGGCGGGGGUGGGGCGUCCUGGAGGAUUUAACUCCGGAGCGAGGCUCGUGGGAGCCCAGGCGGGUGCCAGUGUGCUUGGAGGCCCCUGCCCGCCCGGCAGCCUCCACCUGCCCAGUGACCAUGAUAGUGUUUGUCAGGUUCAACUCCAGCCAUGGUUUCCCAGUGGAGGUCGAUUCUGACACCAGCAUCUUCCAGCUCAAGGAGGUGGUUGCUAAGCGACAGGGGGUUCCAGCUGACCAGUUGCGUGUGAUUUUCGCAGGGAAGGAGCUUAGGAAUGACUUGACAGUGCAGCGCUGUGACCUGGACCAGCAGAGCAUCGUUCACGUGGUGCUGCGACCCCAGAGAAAUGGCCAAGAAAGGGGCGUGGCUGCAGGGCACCGCCCGGGCCGCGCAGGGAGGGAGCCCGCGAGCCUGACCCACGUGGACCUCAGCGGCUCCGUCCUCCCGGGGGACGCCGUGGGCCUGGCGGUUAUUCUGCAGGAUGACAGCGCCGACGGUGCCGCGCCAGCUGGAAGGCCCGAUAGACCAACCAACAAGAGCUUUUAUGUCUAUUGCAAAGGCCCCUGUCAAAGAGUGCAGCCAGGAAAGCUCCGGGUGCGGUGCAGCACCUGCCAACAGGCAACCCUCACCUUGACUCAGGGUCCUUCUUGCUGGGACGAUGUCUUGAUCCCAAACCGGAUGAGUGGUGAGUGCCAGUCUCCAAACUGCCCUGGGACCACGGCAGAAUUUUUCUUUAAAUGUGGAGCACACCCGACCUCUGACAAGGAAACAUCGGUAGCUUUGAACCUGAUCACAACAAAUAGCCGAGACAUCACCUGCAUCACCUGUACAGACGUCAGGAGCCCCGUCCUGGUUUUCCAGUGCAACUGCCGCCACGUGAUUUGCCUGGACUGUUUCCACCUGUACUGUGUGACGAGGCUCAAUGACCGGCAGUUCGUCCAUGACCCGCAGCUUGGCUACUCUCUGCCUUGUGUGGCUGGCUGCCCCAACUCCUUGAUUAAAGAGCUCCAUCACUUCAGGAUUCUUGGAGAAGAGCAGUACAACCGGUACCAGCAAUAUGGUGCCGAGGAGUGCGUGCUACAGAUGGGGGGCGUGCUGUGCCCCAGCCCCGGCUGCGGAGCGGGGCUGCUUCCAGAGCCAGGUCAGAGGAAAGUCACCUGUGAAGGGGGCAACAGCCUGGGCUGCGGGGCCUACAGGGUUGAUAAGAAGGCAGCAGAGCAGGCUCGGUGGGAGGAGGCAUCCAAAGAGACCAUCAGGAAAACCACCAAGCCCUGUCCUCGGUGCCAUGUGCCGGUUGAAAAAAACGGUGGCUGUAUGCACAUGAAGUGCCCGCAGCCCCAGUGCCAGCUGGAGUGGUGCUGGAACUGCGGCUGGGAGUGGAACCGCGACUGCAUGGGGGACCACUGGUUCGACGUGUAGCUGGAGCAGUGGCCACGCAGGCGCAGUCUGCCCCCAUCCUGCGUGGAAGCGUGCGGUGUCCUGCUGUCCUCGGCUCCUUUUCCUCCCUCCAAACACACCCACACGCACAUGCACACGCACACGCACAUGCACACGCACUUCAAGUUCUUUCCAAAAAUCGCAAAAACGAAGUUCCAGGAGAAGCUCCUGGGAUCCCUUUCAUUGUGCCUGAGAAACAGCAGAGCUAAUGGUGAGACCAGCAGGGUGUACUCUCAGGCCUCUGCAAUACACAAAUGCCAGGGCACAGGUGACCGUGCAGUUCCCUUUUGUACGGGUUGUCACUCUUGUGUGAAUUCAAGUCAGGCUGGAUUAGUACAUAGAGAGAGAUUUCUCAGGUUCAGUACCUGCCUUUUACCUUCAGCAAAUAGUGGCAAGAAGCCACUGGUGAGGUGGGAAAUAGUUUCCAGGGACUCUUGUCAGUGGUUCUGCAGUGGAUUCUGAGAACUGUGCUCAUGGCUUAGAGAGCAAUGCUUUCAUUUAAAUAUUCAGAGAGCAUCUCUUCCAAAAGAACCACAGGCAGUAAUCAAAACUGUAUGCGUUUACCCCCCAAGAAUUCUAUCUUUAUUUGCUUUAAUGAGCAAUCAGCUCAGCAUAAAUCAGCUUGUCACCUGAGAAAUUAUCAACGUUGAUUUGAACAUUGUUCACAUUUAUAGUGAAGAAAUCAGAACUUCAUGUACUUUCAUUCCGCUUAAUUAUAUGCAACUUUAGAAGGAAACUGUUUCCCUGGAAAUCUUACAAAAAUCUAGAAAUUGAUUGUAAACAUUCAUUUUGAGCUUGGAGAAUAAGCUUGUCCAUCUGGCUUCCCUGUACAUUUAAUGAAUAAGGUGCCUCUAAAGGAGACACAUGUAGAAAUGAUUUCAUAAUGAUUCUCAGUGUUAACAAAUAUGUAGGUUAUUAAAGCAGAGCCUUUAAAGAAGGAACGUUUCUAGAACCAUCCAAAUGAAACUGUGCCUGUCAGAGGGUUCAUGCUCCUUCUGCCCACCUGGACUGUGUUAAUUACACUUGUUAAAAAAAUACCAAAAUAUGUGCGUUCCCGUCGUGGCGCAGUGGUUAACGAAUCCAACUAGGAACCAUGAGGUUGCCGGUUGGAUCCCUGGCCUUGCUCAGUGGGUUAAGGAUCCGGUGUUGGUUGCCGUGAGCUGUGGUGUAGAUCGCAGAUGUGGCUCAGAUCUGCCAUUGCUGUGGCUGUGGUAUAGACUGGCAGAUGUAGCUCCGACUUGACCCCUAGCCCAGGAGCCUCCAUAUGCCCAGGGUGCGGCCCUAAAAAAAAAAAAAAAUAGAGUUAUGUUUACCCUGAAUAAGCAAACCUCAUUCUCUACGCACAAAGCACAGAUAGAAAAUUCUAAGCAGGUGUCCCCUCACCAUCCAUCCAGGGACAGCCCCCUCCCCCUUCCUCAGAGGUGCUGCAGCUUGGACAUGUUGGGGAGGGGCGGGGGCCUACAGAUGGUACAGAGAACGGAGAGCCAGUGUCCCAAGUGAGAAGCAGGCAGGUCACCAGGCUGGAGCCAUACUUCCCCACGGCUGGCAUCCGUGCUCAGCCUGGAACCCACGCGGGCCCUGCCCAGACAUUACUGACAAUCCCAGCGAGUAGCGGCUCCUUGGCGCUGACCCGGCAGGACUCUCCUUCGCUUUGGGAUUUAAGGAUGUUGCCUUGAUGCCUCCUCCUCGAUCUGCAUGGUUUGUUGGUUGUGCUGUGCCGAGCAAGCUUUGCUUCCACUCGUUCAGGCAGCUCGCGUUCUAGGUCCCUGCUCCCUUCCUGGUGGUGGUCUUUAUUUUUUUUCAGACUAGAUUACUGAUUCUUAAAAGAAGUUAAAGAAAAAACAGCCACUGUGAAUGAGCCUGAAUCAUAAACCACUAUUAAUGAACACAUCUGAGCACUGAACAGUGUAACGAAAUGUGAAUACAGCAAGAGAAUAGACAGAAAGUCUUUAGAGAAGAAUCUCUAUUUUUCUCUGAAACAUGUAAAGAAAUACUUGGCCCCUGUGUCUGAGGUUGUAUUCACCUUGUCAAUAAAAGCAUCAAAAGAG